CCACCGCACCGAAGGCGUCCGCGCGACGAGCCAGGCCAGCCGCUACGCAAGAUGGCUAUGUGCCGCUGACGGGUGGCCGACAAACCGGACAGGAGUACAGACAGUCCGCGGAUAAUCGGAACAUGCGGCUACGUGACCGUCGGGCCCGUCCCUGAAGAGAGAGACCCUGGCCAAGAAGCGAGAGGGAAUGUGUGACAUGUUCAUCCAAACACAGCAGACGAGUAGCGUCAACGGCAGCAGCAGCAGCAGCAGCAGCAGCAGCAGUAACAACACCGUUCACCACCCCAGCAAGAAGCGCAAGUUGGAUUACAACGUGAGCCAGCCGGUGAUCCAGCACGCAUUGGUCCAAUCGACCAGCGACUACCAAUUGGACAAUACCGGUCUGCAGCAACGGUACUCCGUGAACGGUGCUAAUACCGCAUUUAGCUCGCUGCACAACAAUAAUGCGCUGCAGAAGAGUAGCCCGAACCAGCAGACCCUGGUACGAGCCUCGACGAUCAAGCUCUUAGACACGUACCAGCGCUGUGGCCAGAAGAGAAAAACUUGGUCGAGGGAAGGUAAUGGUGACGGCCUGGCAGUCCAUUCCGCCAACGCGAAUGUGGUGGGCAGUACUGUAGUGUCGCAGCAUCAUACCCAACAGCAGCUGCAGCAACAACAGCAGCAACAGCACAGCAAGCAGGCAAGCAUGACGGCGCAUAGCAAACAAGUGGCCAACGCGGCCAAUGGUGGUGGUAGCAGUAACCCCCAGGGCGACGGGGAUUAUCAUUUGGUGCAGCAUGAAGUUCUUUAUUCCAUGACCCAUCAGUAUGAGGUCCUCGAGUUUCUCGGCAGAGGUACUUUCGGGCAGGUUGUAAAAUGUUGGAAAAAAGGAACAAGCGACAUAGUAGCCAUCAAAAUUCUCAAGAACCAUCCAUCGUAUGCGCGCCAAGGUCAGAUUGAGGUCUCCAUCCUGUCUCGACUUAGUCAGGAAAAUGCGGAUGAGUUCAAUUUCGUGCGUGCCUACGAGUGUUUUCAGCACAAAUCACAUACCUGCUUGGUAUUCGAAAUGUUAGAGCAAAACCUCUACGAUUUCUUGAAGCAGAAUAAAUUUUCACCCCUACCUCUCAAAUACAUUAGGCCCAUUCUUCAACAAGUGUUGACCGCACUAUUGAAAUUGAAGCAAUUAGGAUUGAUACAUGCCGAUUUGAAACCGGAGAACAUUAUGUUGGUGGAUCCAAUGCGUCAGCCCUAUCGAGUGAAAGUCAUCGAUUUCGGAUCGGCCUCGCAUGUAUCUAAAGCCGUCUGUAACACUUACCUGCAGUCACGAUACUACCGUGCACCCGAGAUCAUACUGGGACUUCCGUAUUGUGAAGCGAUAGAUAUGUGGUCACUCGGCUGUGUGGUUGCAGAAUUGUUUCUAGGAUGGCCUUUAUACCCGGGUAGUUCCGAGUACGAUCAGAUUCGAUAUAUAAGUCAAACGCAAGGCCUACCGACGGAGCAUAUGCUAAACAACGCCAGCAAAACAACAAAAUUCUUUUAUCGGGACAUGGACAGUACAUAUCCAUUUUGGCGAUUAAAAACACCGGAAGAACACGAGGCAGAGACUGGUAUCAAAUCCAAGGAAGCGAGAAAAUAUAUUUUUAAUUGCCUUGAUGAUAUCGGUCAGGUUAACGUACCGACUGACUUAGACGGCGGUCAACUCUUGCCGGAGAAAGCGGACAGGCGAGAAUUCAUUGACCUCUUAAAGAGGAUGCUUACAAUGGACCAGGAGCGCCGUAUAACACCCGGCGAGGCACUGAACCACGCGUUUGUUACUCUGGCACAUCUAGUCGAUUACGCGCAUUGUAACAACGUCAAAGCUUCCGUCCAGAUGAUGGAGGUUUGCAGGCGCGCGGGAGAUUUUACUGCGAGUCCUGCGCAUCAUCAGGCUCCGCCGGCGCCUCAGCCACCUCCACCAACGUCUUUAGUAGCCAAUUUUGUACCGACUACUAACGGCAGUGCGGUGACUCUCACUUUCAACAACCAAUUGUCUAAUCAAGUGCAGCGAUUAGUCAGAGAGCAUCGCACCGCACAAACAGGAUAUGACAAUCUGUACCAAAUAUAUAGUAACAGCAGUCGACGAGCGACACAAUAUAGUGGCUCGUCUAGUGGAUCCAACAGUGGACGAAGUGGAGUUCAUGAUUUUCCGCAUCAAUUGGUACCUGGCAUAUUGUGUCCACCACAUGGCUACCAAACUAUGCCAAGUCCUGCAAAGCACGUAGUUGUUGCUCAACCACCGCAAGCGCAACAAGCACCUUUGCAGAUACAAUCAUCUAUUAUAUCGCAGCAAGCCGUGGCUGCGGCGGCUGUAGCUGCCCAACAACAAUACGCUGCAGUUCCCGUAUCUAUGGUCGAGACUGGUCGGCAAAUGCUGCUUACCAAUGCUGUGCAGACAUCUUGGCCUGGUGGAAGUCGUCAGAUGGCUGCGAUCGUACCAUCAUGGCAGCAAUUGCCACCGCAGCACAUUCAACAACCACUCCUCAGCGAUACUGGAGAUUGGGGAAGGCCUCUUAUUGUCGAUAGUUCUGCUAUUCUACAGGAUCAGCGGCCAGUAUUUCCUGUUACGGAAGUUUACAAUGCUAGUGCACUUGUCGAGCAUCCGUCGCAGAGCUGGGGCAAGCGCACCGUUACCAAACAUCAUCAGCAUCAUGUGACGGUACCUCAGCAGACUCAGCAUAGACAUGAACACAAGAAAGAGACACAACAACUGAGUCCUGUGAAGAAACGGGUCAAAGAGAGCACACCGCCGAGUAGUAUGCGACGACACUCACCCAGUAGUCAUUGGCAGGAACAGCCAGUGCAGUCUCAUCAUCACAGUAGCAAACACAGUAGUAGUCAUAACGUGGAACAUCAGCCAGUCGCAUCCGUACGACAACAGACCAUCACGAUUGAUGACACGCCUUCGCCAGCCGUUUCUGUUAUCACGAUUAGUGAUAGUGAAGAUGAGGCACCUGGAAAAUGUUACUAGUUGGUAGUACAAUCAUGCAUGGAUAUUAUUGACAGCUGUGGAGACCGUCAGUGCAGCGCCUGUCAAAGUUUGGCAACUCGCCUGUCGGGCGACGGACGUCCUGUCCGUGAAGAAAUCAUACGAAGCACUCAAUCAACACCUCGCGUAAUACAGCCGAUGCAACAGUCAACACACACGAGCAGUCAGCAACAUGCGAGUGGACAUAUUACAACACAUAGCAGCUCGUCGUCACAUCGAACGCAUCGCAAGAAUAUCAUUAGCUGUGUCACUGUUGGUGAUAGCGACGGCGAAGCCAGUCCAAGUCGCACGCAUGCCCAUUUAUAUUUGCCGCAACACUCGCAGCAUCAGCAGACCACACAGUUAAUUAAGCACGAGCCGCAACAACAACAUCAUGUCAGCAGUAGCUCAGGAUAUUCUUCUCAAUCACAAAAGAAGCGGCUAUUGGCGAAGGUGCAGUCUGAAUGUAACAUGGUGAACGUCGCGACGAAACCGGAACCCGGUGUCGAGUACCUUGCUCCACAUCCGUGUCACGCGCCAGCUUGCAAAGAGCCACCGACCUAUCAGGAUGACGUCUAUGACAUGCAUGACCCCUUCUUGCAGUAUGUGACCACGAGUAGUGCGCAUCCUCACCUCCAAGAGCAGCAUAUUGUGUACACGACCGGCACGGACAAACGAGUGUCCUGGCCUGGGAAGCGAGCUGAGUACAAACAUGAAUACGUUCAACCACCAGCUGCUCACUCGAGAGACCAUCAGAAGUGGGUGGUGGCCAAUCCUGUGCAUCAAUAUAGGCAGAGCCAGGUGGUAGGUACGGCAGCUCAUCCGGGUCAUACCCACAGUCAUCAUGGGCAUCCAGCUCAUCUAAGUCCCGGUGGCAGUGGCGGUGGUAGGAGUCCCGCCGGAGGACCUGUGAUAGGAAGUGCCCAGCAUUUGGGACAACCUCUCUAUCAGGAAUACGCUCACGUGCGCUCGAGAGCCCACGCGGUGCCGCCUCCUGUGUACGUUACCGCGGCACCAUCACAGGCUGCAACAGCUAUUCAGCAGCAACAAGUACCCACGUAUCAGGGAUUCACACCCGGCUCGUCUCCAUUAACGUUAUAUGAUUCUAGUCGAGCGUUGCCACCGCCAGCUCAUCACAGCUCAGCCAGACCGUUACUGGCGAGUCACGCAGCACAUCCAUUGCCUGCACAUAUGCAGCCUACAGCCGUUUAUGGAUUGGCCCCGCUUUCGCCAGCCAAACACCAAUACCAACCUUCCAGUUUAUGGUUUACCGAAUAA